AUGUCAUCAUCAAUAGCCUCGUCAUCGCUCAGCGCCCCCGAGCCGUCCUCUGCGUCGGCUUCCACGGCCACCGGCCAUGCCAGCACGGCAUCGCCGCCUGCACCCUCCACCGCCACGUCCGUUUCCUCGCCCCAAGACCACCCACCUCCUCCUCCCCUUCCGCAAGCACAGCAUGGCGCCCCCCAGCCACAAGACCAGCAGCAGGCCCUGCCCCAUCCACCGGCCGGCGGCCUCGGCCUCGGCCUAGUCCCACACCCGGACGCGGCACCCGGCACCGAAGGCGCGGCGGGUCCAUCCGCUCUCCCACCAGCAGCAGCAGCGCCAAGCAGCCAGGCACACCAACCACCGCCGCCGCCGCCGCUGCAGCGCGCCCUGCCCCGCCCCUCGACGCAGCGCGAGAUCGACGAGGCCCGCGCCGCCGUCGUCGCCUCCCUCGGCAACAUGCUCGACCGGGAGCUCUCGUCGCGCGCCGCGGCGCUGCACGCCAACGACGCGGCCAUCGCCCGGCAGCGGCGCGACGUCGAGCGCUCGACGGCCGCCCUGCGCCGGGAGAACGACCGCCUGGCCAAGGAGGCCGACGGCGCGGCCCGGCGGCUCAAGGAGGUCGGCAACGUGCAGAACUGGGCCGAGCUGCUCGAGAAGGACUUCCUCGUGCUCGAGGAGACGCUGCGGCUGGCGCGCGAGGGCGGCGCGAGCAGCAGCGGCGGGAGCGGCAGCUGGACGGGGAGCAGCAGCUGGAGCGGGAGCAGGACGCCGAGCCGCGAGGGGAGUAGGAGCGGGAGCAGAGAUGCCGGUGGCGCGAGGGAGGCCUGCCCAGAUGGGCCUGGCACUGGCCCGGCCGCUGCUGCCGCCGCCGCGGCUCCCGACUUGAGCAGUGUACCUGGUCAGCAAAAAGAUGCGGACGGGGACAUCACAAUGGGUGAUGAAGGCACAGACUCAUCUCGAGUCGACAAGGGCAAAGGAAAGGAGAUAGCAGCUCCCGACGACGGCAGGUCCAACACACAUGCGCCAGAGAAUGUUGGGACGUGA